CUCUUACCAGAACUUUCUAAUGUCGUUUCACACUUCGCGGCCAAGCGAUAGAAACGCUGCCGAUCAGGAGCUUUCACUAACCGUCAAAAAGGCAACUAGCCCCGAAGAAACUGCUCCUAAACAAAAGCAUGUCAGAAAAUGUAUUCUCUACACCUAUGACUUUAAAACAUCGGCUAGCUUUUGGACUGCGCUAAGAGUAGCGCCAAUCAUGUCUGAUGAGGUGCAAAUAUUCAAAGCCCUUAUUACCGUUCACAAAGUUAUCAAGGACGGUUAUCCAGUGGUUCUUAAAGAUGCUCUGCGAGAAAUACCUUGGUUAGAGACGUGCGCUCGAAGUAUUUCCGGCGAAGGUGCGCGUGGUUACGGACUUCUUAUCCGCAAUUAUGUGCAGCUAAUUAUCAACAAACUCAAUUACCACCGCAUUCAUCCCGAAUUUAAUGGAACAUUCGAAUAUGAGGAAUAUAUCAGCUUGAAAAAUAUCGAUGAUCCAAAUGAAGGUUAUGAGACCAUCAGCGAUUUAAUGAACUUGCAAGACCAGAUCGAUCAAUUUCAGAAAGUAGUCUUUGUCCAUUUCCGCCCAACAAGUAAUAACGAAUGUCGCAUUGCUUCGCUCGUCCCAUUAGUGGAAGAGAGCUACGGAAUAUAUAAAUUCAUCACCAGUAUGCUGAGAGCAAUGUACAGAAGAACUGAAUCCGUAGGCGCAUUGGAACCUCUCAAGCAGCGUUACAAUAGCCAACAUUACGCUUUGCUAAGAUUUUACUAUGAGUGUUCCAAUCUCAAGUAUUUAACUUCCCUUAUCAGUGUACCAAAGCUCCCACAGGAUCCACCAUCGCUUGAAGAGGCUGAUACUCCAACAUUAUCUAAACGACCCCAAAGAGAAGCAACUCCUCCUCCAGCACCAUCACCAGAACCAGUGAUUGAUUUCUGGUCGCAAUCACAAGCCAAGCAGCAGCAGGAGUAUGAGGACCAACAAAGGCGUUUGGAACAAGAGCGUUUGGAUGAACAGAGACGACAGCAGCAGCUUGCACUUCAACAGCAGCGUGACUUUGAAGAGCAACAACGAUUACAAGCGGAGCGUGCUCGUAUGCAGCAAGAAGAACUCAUGCGACAGCAAAUGGCCAUGCAUGCUCAAGGCCGUGCAGCCGAACUGGAGCGUGAGAUCCUUGCUAUGAGACAGCAGUUUGAGAAGGACCAAAUGUUGCUGGAGCAAUAUGAUCGACGAGUGAAAGCCUUGGAAAAUGAGCUAAAUGCACUUAAUAUGCAUAUUCAGCAAAGAGAUGCAUCUAAAGACGAACUUAUCAAGUCUUUGCAAGAUCAAAUAACAAUGUGGAAAAACAAAUACGAGGCACUGGCAAAACUUUACUCUCAGCUUCGACAAGAACAUUUGGAUCUCCUCGGCAAGUACAAGCAGCUCCAAGUCAAAGCCCAAUCGUCCAACGAAGCACAAGAAAAGCUGGAUAGAAUGGAAGCAGAUAUGCGUGCAAAGAAUCUGGAACUUGCUGAUAUGAUUCGCGAGCGUGACCGUGCCAAAAACGACUUGACUAGAAUGCGUGGUAGCCAGCAGGAUGAAUUAGACCGUCUCCGAAGAGAACUCAGAGAUUCAAACGCCAGAGCCGAGGAGUUGGGCAAAAAUAAGGGUGCAGAAGUGACCUCAUUGCUUGCCAAGUUUAAUCGAGAAAAAGCCGACCUUGAAAACGCAUUGAACGAAAAGCAGGCUCUCAUUGACGAGUUUUUGUCUCAGCUGGAGUUGCAGCAAGGCGAAGCCGAUCGCAUUCGGCAAGAAAAGGAUGAAGAAAUUGCUAUCAUGCAAGCGGGAAUGGAUGACUGUCUACAACAGCUGGCUGAUUUGCAACAUCGAUCAGGCAAUAAAGAAAGCGGCCUGCAAGAGAAGCUGGAUAAUUUGGAAUAUGAGCAAACUAACAAGCUCAAUGGAAUCUUGGACAAUAUCCUCACGACAUGCAUCCAGAAGAUCAAUGAUGGUAUAUUCGAACUUGAAGCACCGGGUCAAAAUGGUAACGAGAAUGCCACACCAGAGUUUGUUCUGUCCACCAUAGAAAAGGCAAGUCUUGGAUCAGUAGAAUUCAUGUCUGCUUUUGGCAAGUUCUGGGAUGGAAGUAACUCUGGCGAUUACACCGUAACAAUUUCCAAAACCUUGUCUUUUGCUCAAGCCGUGGUAGAUGUUCUAGUUAACGCUAAAGGAAUCGGUCGUUUGAUGGCAGAAGAUAGUGACGUGCAAGAGCUGAUUACAGACAUACGAGAGUCUGCUGAAGCUGGUAUUCAAUAUUUCAGCACAUUGCGCUCCGGUUACCUACAACGGUUGCCUGCUGCCCAACGCCCAGAGGUCAUUAUUCAUGGUGACAUGAAAGUUCAGGACGCACUUGCCAAGCUAUCGAAACGAGUUGAAGACUUAAUUUCUGCAGGAACUGCCAAGGUCAACCGCAUGGCUGAAGGCGAAGUUGGUGACCUUGUAGAACAGGAAAUGUCAAAUGCAGCUCGUGCAAUUGAACAAGCAACUGCAAAGAUUCAAGCUCUGCUCAAUAAGCCUAGCAACCCUGAAUUCUCCAGUACUGACAUUCAAGUACACCAAUUGAUUUUGAACUCUGUACUGGUUCUCACCAAUGCCAUUGCCAACCUUAUCAAGUGCGCUACCGCAUCGCAACAGGAAAUCGUUGCUCAAGGACGUGGUGCUUCAUCCAAGGCAGCGUUCUACAAGAAGAACAAUCGCUGGACCGAAGGUCUCAUUUCUGCUGCCAAAUCCGUUGCUGUGGCCACCAAUUUGCUUGUAGAAGCCGCCGAUGGUGUUAUCAGCAAAACACAUUCACUUGAGCAGCUCAUCGUUGCAUCCAACGAAGUUGCCGCUGCAACGGCUCAGCUGGUCGCCGCUUCCCGAGUCAAGGCUAGUUUCAUGUCGAGAACGCAAGAACGUUUGGAGUUGGCUGCCAAAGCUGUUAAAGAUGCCACAUCAGAACUCGUGAAGCAAGUGAAGGAGUUGGUUGCCAAACAGGUUCAAGACGAGGGUCUCAAGAUUGAUUUCAACAAACUGUCUGUUCAUGACUUCAAGCGACAAGAGAUGGAACAGCAAGUCAAGAUCCUUAAGCUUGAUUCCGAACUGGUCAAUGCUCGUCGUGUGCUUGCCGAGAUGCGAAGAGCUGGCUACCAUUCUAUGGACACUGAGUAAUAUUUUUUAGGAGUAGGUAAUGCGCACAGUAGAUAUGUGCCCGCCCACACCAUUUAGUAUCUAAUGAUUUGUAUUCAUAAAACAAAAUUUUUGAAGCCCUUAUGU